GGCAUGAUGCCGACCCAUGCACAAAAGCAGUCACUGAGGCCGUACGUGAUUGCUAUGUAAUGGUUGAAGAAAUUGAAAGGAAAAGGAAAGAAAAAGAGGAUCUCACAGUCAUUGGGAGACAUGCACCUUUAGGAACAAGGACACAAUUAGGUUGUGUUGGAGGGCCUUCUUCCUUACCUUCAUAUCGUCCCACUCAUUUUGCUACUACUCAUGCUUCUGGUUCUGCUUCUAUAAGUGCCAGUGCCAGUGCCUCUGCCCCUUCUCAUGUUCCUAGCACUGGCAGUGGUAGUGGGAGUGUUAGCAUUGGACCUAGGAUUCGUAAAUCUAGGUUGGAUACCUUUUUUGCACCUCGCACUACUCCUGGGUCCCAACAGUCACUUGAGAGCAUGGGUUGGAACAAGGAGGUCCAUGAUGCUACUAAAAUGGCAGUUGGCAGAUUUUGGAUCUAUGGCAGUAUUCCAUUCUUCACAGCCAGGUCACCUUAUUGGCAAGAAAUGGUUGAUGCCCUUACCAUUUGUGGGGCGGGGUUCAAAGCCCCUUCUGAGUUUGAUUUGAGGGGACCCAUUUUGACUGAAUUGGUGAAUGAUGUGAAGAAAGAAUUGGGUGAUCAACGCCAAAUAUGGAGCACUAAAGGUUGCACCAUCAUGACUGAUGGUUGGACAGACAGGAGAAAUAGAACUCUCCUUAAUUUUCUUGUUUCUUCCGCAGGGGGCACCGUUUUCAUCAAGUCUAUUGAUGCCUCCGCCCAUUGCAAGAAUGCCAACUACCUAUGUGAGCAGAUAGAGGAGGUGAUUAAUGAGGUGGGUAAAGAGAACAUGGUACAGGUGGUGACUGACAAUGCACCAAAUUAUGUUGCUGCAAGUAAACUUUUGAUUACAAACUAAUUUUGUUUGCAAAUUAAUUUCUAUUUUGUAACCUCAUUAAUUACAAUGCAACAAAUUAUGUUGUUGCAGGCAGACUAUUGAUGGAGAGGCGCCCAUCUAUAGUUUGGACUCCAUGUGCCGCCCAUUGCAUUGACCUCAUGUUAGAGGAUAUUGGAAAACUUCCAUGGGUCAAGACAUGUGUAGAAAAGGCAAGAAAUGUGUGCAAAUUUGUAUAUAAUCAUUCAUGGGUGUUGGCUCUUAUGAGACAAUACACAGAGCAUAAGGAGUUAGCUCGUCCAGGAAUCACAAGAUUUGCCACAAACUUCAUCACAUUGCAGUCCAUGCUUCGUUGUAAGAUGGCCUUGAGACGUAUGAUUGUUGGUGAGGAGUGGUCUUCCUCAUCCUAUGCUGCCACCCCAGCAGGGAAAGAUAUGGCAGACUGCAUUUUUGAUGAGCGAGGCUUUUGGAGCCCUUGUGAUGAGAUAGUGAAGUUUGUUAAGCCCUUGGUGGUUUUGUUGCGAGUUGCGGAUGGAGAAAAGCCCGCAAUGGGCUACAUAUAUGAGGGCAUGGAUAGGGCGAAAGAGGGCAUCAAAUCUAUCUAUGCAGGAGAUGAGAGCAAGUAUGGUCCCAUUUGGCAGAUCAUUGAUAAGAGAUGGCAUCAUCAGCUUCAUAGGCCCAUCCAUGCAGCAACCUAUUAUUUGAAUCCGGCAUUCCAUUUAGCCCUACUUUCAGGGCUGAUGCGGAGGUCCUUGAUGGGCUAUACUCAGUCAUGGAGAAGAUGGCACCUGUUGGUUGUACUCAGACAGAUCUUAUGCGAGAGCUACAGUUGUUCUCAAAUGCACAAGGGGAGACCUUUUCUCGUCCUAUCGCCAAAGAAAGUAGGACAACUAUGAUGCCAGAUAAUUGGUGGAGCUUUUUUGGCCCAACGACACCAAAUCUUCAGAAGUUGGCCAUUCGCAUCUUGAGCCAACCAUGCAGUGCAUCUGGUUGUGAGCGCAAUUGGAGUAUGUUUGAGCACAUACACUCCAAGAGGCGCAAUAGAUUAUCUGUGGAGAAGAUGAAUGAUCUUAUCUUUGUUCACUACAACCUCCGCCUGAGAAUGAGAAAGAAUGCAUUAGCUGACAUCUCUCCUAUCAUUCUAGAUGAGGUUGAUCCUGAGGCAGAGUGGGCCAUUGAGACAGAUCCUGUGGCUAUCUUUAGUGAUGAUGACACUGAUUGGAUCGACCAGGUAGAUAU